UAAAAUCACUCACAGCACCUUCACCUUCGUCGCAGCGAACCCUAAAUCUCUCCAUUUCCCUAAAACCUUACCAGGUUAAAGUGACGGCGCCGCCCGCUGUCCGCCUUGACCUAGCCGCCGCCGCUGCGUCUUGGCCCUGUGUUUUGUAAACUAGGAACUUUUCUUUCUUUGUAGUUGAUAGCAAUGGCGCCAAAGCUCACGAAAGCCGACAAGAAGAUUGCCUACGACCAAAAGCUGUGCCAGCUUCUGGAUGAGUACACACAGGUUUUGGUGGCGGAGGCGGACAACGUGGGAUCCAACCAACUGCAGAACAUCCGGAAGGGGCUGCGUGGUGACUCCGUGGUUCUCAUGGGUAAAAACACUAUGAUGAAGAGGACCAUUCGCAUCCACGCCGAGAAAUCGGGAAAUCAGGCUAUCCUUAACCUCAUCCCUCUCCUCGUUGGCAAUGUUGGAUUGAUCUUUACCAAGGGUGAUUUGAAAGAAGUCAGCGAGGAGGUUGCCAAGUACAAGGUUGGAGCACCGGCUCGUGUUGGUCUUGUGGCCCCCAUUGAUGUCAUAGUCCCCCCUGGCAACACUGGUCUCGACCCCUCCCAGACUUCUUUCUUUCAGGUACUCAACAUUCCCACCAAGAUUAACAAGGGAACUGUUGAAAUCAUCACUCCAGUCGAACUUAUCAAGAAGGGCGACAAAGUGGGUUCCUCUGAAGCAGCACUGCUUUCAAAGCUUGGCAUCAGGCCCUUCUCAUACGGUCUUAUUGUUCGUACUGUCUACGAAAAUGGAUCCGUCUUCAGUCCUGAGGUGCUUGACAUGACUGAAGAGGACCUCAUCGAGAAAUUCGCAUCUGGUGUUGCUAUGGUCACUGCCCUAUCCCUCGCCAUUUCGUACCCAACCCUGGCUGCUGCGCCCCACAUGUUCAUCAAUGCCUACAAGAAUGUCUUGGCUGUUGCAGUCGAAACUGAUUACUCCUUCCCCCAAGCCGACAAAGUCAAGGAGUAUCUUGCAGAUCCUAGCAAAUUUGCCGUGGCAGCUGUUCCUGUUGCUGCUGCUGACUCAGCUGCGCCCGGUGCUGCCGCCCCCAAGGAGGAGGAGAAGAAAGAUGAGCCGGCUGAGGAGUCGGAUGACGAUAUGGGAUUCAGCCUGUUUGAUUAAGGUCUUGUGCUUUUACUAAUAUCAGUUGUGUUUUUAUGAACCUCGUUUGGUACUUCUGAUUUUAUUUUUUUGUGAUGUUAGGGCCAAUCCAAAAUACACAUGUCUUGUGUGAGUUUACACUUUAUAAUUGCAGACAGUUGUUUUCUUUAAUUUUGUUCUAUGGAUGCUUUAAUUUAUGAA